CCCCCCCCCCGUUGCACACGCACACGAGCGCGCCUCCCCCACGGGCGGACGCUAUGAGCUGAGCGUUAAUGACAGAGCUCAACGCCAACGCGACACUCGUGGAUUCAUUUACGCGUGGCGCGGCGCAUCUGAAUAAUAAAGCGCCCUGGGCGAGGGCGGCAUGGCGCACGGCAAGAAGGCGGACGAGGCCGUAGCCCCCGGCGGCGCCGCUGGUGGAGCCGCGGGGGGCUCCCAGGAGCUUCGCGAGCUCACGGACGAGCGCUACCGGGACCUGCGCCGACCCAAGGUGGUGCGCUUCUACCGCAAUGGGGACCGCUACUUCCGAGCGCGCACGCUGCACAUCACUCCGCACCGCUACGUAAGCUGGCCCGAGCUGCUGGCGGACCUGUCCCGCGCCGUGCCGCUGCCCUACGGGGUGCGCCGUCUCUACACCCCACUGGGGGGGUCCCCCGUGGCGGGCUCCGUGGAAGCGCUGCGAGAUGGGGAGGCGUACGUGUGCGCUUCCUUCGAGCCUUUCCGAAGCGUCAAGUACGGGGCUAACGAUGCCGCCGGGGGCAGGCUACCCCGCUGGAGAGGGCAGAGACACCCACUUGACGAUCGGCUCAGCAGCAGCAGUGGCCUCACGGGAGACAAUGGGACCGUUGGAAGCUCCGUGAAAAACGGCCUGCGCGCCACGUACCCCCCAACGGGCCGCACGGCGUUUGGUAAGACCCUUCCCAGCAUCGCAGGCCGGGACGAAGUGAAGGCCACCCAGUCGGACAACGGCCUCCGGCAGAGCGACAAACGAGCGCUGGCUGCUCCGGCGUCUAAUGGUUUGGACAAGGGCGUCCGCCAAAACUUCCUCCGCCGGCCGGAGAACUACGUGCCGGCCAGGCCCAAGGUAAUCACGGUGGUGCGGGUCGGGGGGCAUGGGCCGCGGAGGAGAAUCACGCUGCUGCUCAAUCGGCGGGCGGCGCAGAGCUUCGAGGAACUGCUGGGCGACAUCUCGGAGGCGCUGGGCCUGCCCCGGUGGCGGACCAACCACGUGCGGCGCCUAUACACGCUGCGUGGCCGCGAGGCCCGCUCCGUGUCGGACUUCUUCCGCGGCGACGACGUGUUCCUGGCCGCAACGCGCAAGGAGCCACCCUCAUCGGAGGAUCUGCAGGCCGUGCUGGAGGAGCUGUUCCCGGAGAACCCGUAUGCCCAGCGUGUGUCACACCGCGACGGCCUCAAGUUGCAUGGGGCCACCAAGAAGGGCCCCGACAAAGCGCUCAAGCCGCUGCGCAGGGUCAAUGACGGAGUCGUCCUCAAGUACGACAGCGACUUCGAAGUCGAAGCACGGAGGAAGUUAGACCCCGAAUUUGCCAGGAUGAAAGGGCCGGCCGCUCACAAAGUGUACGUCGAUAAUUUGGAGAAGCAGCGAAACAGGUUCAAGCAGAGGGAGAGGGAGGAGGCGCAGCGGUGGGAACGGGAUCGGUGGCAGAGGGAGCAGCGUGAGCUGGAGCAGAAGCGACAGGCGAGGCUGAAGGAUGGUGGGGCGGAGGACAGCUCGGAGGAGGCUCAGACGGAGGAUGAGAGCAGAGUAGGGAAACUCUGGGACCUAGAUGAGGAGUUGAAGAAACUGAAGAAAAAGAGAGAUGAAAGCAAGAGGGAUGAGGGGAACAAGCCAGAGAGAUUACCGCAGGACAGAGAUAGACGCACAGUGAGGAGUGACUCUGAUGCAAACCCCAAGAAAGACAAAGACUUUGGCACAAAAGGUGAUGACUCAGAGAUUCCGGUGAGAAAUUACUGGAACGGAGAAUCGGACAAAGAAAUACCUAGGCAGUAUCGACACAACAACAGCAACGUCGCGCCACACAAGGGGAAAGCGAAGAACAAAUUAAAGGAUGGCGACGCAGACAAGAAGAGCAAGAAGUUCCCAAAUCUGCCGAUGCCAAUCGUGAGCCUCCAGGACAUCGAGAGCCGCUACGAGAUCGGGCGCACCAUCGGCGACGGCAACUUUGCGACGGUGAAGGAGUGCCGACGGGUAUCGGCGGGCGAUGACUCCGCGGGCGAAGCCGAGUGGGACCUGGCCAUGAAGAUCAUCGACAAGGCGAAGCUGGUGGGCCGCGAGGAGAUGCUGCGGAGCGAGGUGGCGCUCACCACGCGGCUGGGCCAGCACCCCAACGUGGUGCGGCUCGUGGAGGCCAUGGAGUCGCCCAGCGACGCCUACCUGGUGCUCGAGCGCGUACGUGGCGGGGACCUGUUCGACGCCAUCACGGAGAGCGUGCGCUUCACCGAGCGCCACGCCGCCGCCAUGGUGGCCGACCUGUGCCGCGCGCUGCAGUACCUGCACGCCAACAACAUCGUGCACCGCGACGUCAAGCCCGAGAACCUGCUGGUGCAACGCAACGCGGACGGCGGCACGACACUCAAGCUCGCCGACCUGGGCCUGGCCAUGGAGGUGACGGGGCCGAUCUACACGGUGUGCGGCACCCCCACCUACGUGGCGCCCGAGAUCCUGGCCGAGACUGGCUACGGGCUCGAGGUGGACAUGUGGGCCGCCGGCGUCAUCACCUACAUCCUGCUGUGCGGCUUCCCGCCGUUCCGGAGUCUGGAGCGUGACCAGGAGGAGCUCUUUGAGAUCAUCCAGCUCGGGGAGUACGAGUUUCUCUCACCCUACUGGGACCACAUCUCCGACGCGGCAAAGGACCUGGUAAGCCGGCUGCUCGUGGUGGAUACGGCACGGCGCUACACUGCCCGGCAAGCGCUGCACCACCCCUGGGUGUCGGACGGAGGCGCCGGCGACCAUACCGACCUGCACCGGGAGGUCACCAUGAACAUACAGAGGCACUUUGCCGACCGGCGCCGGCCUCUCCACCGCUAGCGGAGUCGCUGCCCUGAUUCUCGAGCCCCGUUCCCUUGGCCGUCUGCGGCGCCAGUUUCCACACUGGCACUCUGCAUUCGCUUGGCCACUGCUGCGAUAGCAUCGCUGGGGGGGAUACUGCAAUGGAAAUUCCCAACAGGCUGGAGUACAGGAUAGACCUCAAUCUCCAUCAUCUGCGUUGCUUCCUCUGUGGCAAUGGCAGUGUUGUGAAAAGAAAAUCAUCGCAAUGCAAACACACUUCCUGAAACCUAUUUAAACCGUUCACAGACAUACAAAAAAUCCAAUUAAAAGUUCUUCAAAACUAGCCCUUUGUGUCAAUAAACAAUGAGAUUUAAGAACAUCUCGAAAAGCAAUUUAUGAAGCGGUUCCAAAAAUAUAGAGACCAAUAACACCAACAUUGGCAUGAGGCGAGGGUAUUUGCAGCCAUUUUAAUAAACUUAAAGGAUGCUCAACAGAUGUUUAAACCGGUUUUUACACUACAGGACUCUCUCCUGCCGCUUUGUCCGUUACAUCACCAUCUAUUUAUUUGCAUGUCACACCUAUUGGUUGAGGUAAAACCAUCAUUUGGGUUGCUGCUCCACAAAUAGCAGUAUUAUACCGACUCGGGUAUCUGCUCACUCUUGCUGAAUACUUCCAAGCCUCACGCUCACAGUAACCAUCAGACACAUGGAGACGUGGGUCGUCGUGCGGCUUAAUAAAUACAACCUGUGUUUGCUGUUAAUACGAGCUAGCUGCGUUAGCGAGCAACGCACCUGCACUACCGCUUUAACACGUUCAGACAGGUAGACUUAUGUAGUCGGCAUUAAAGGUUUAAUACUGUGUUUACGUAAUGCAUUCUGUAUAGGCAUUAAGGGACCAAUGUGUUAAUAUAUAGCGAUUGCUAAAUUGUACCACGUACGUAAGCUUUAUAAAUAAACUCACCUGACUUUCUGAACCGA